GCUAUCAAGCAGAUGACAUGUCCGCAGUGGAACGAGGCAUUCUACGCCGAGCUGCCCGAGGGAUUCGACGCUGCCCGGCUCCAGCUCAGCGUCUACGCCAUCACGGCUGGAACCGGCUUUUCCAAACUUGCCAACAAUGCAACUUCCAACCUCUUCAAAGCUGUGGGUGGUGCCACAGGCUCCGAAGAGAUCAUGGAGAUGGCUGCUUCGGAUGAUGACUGGUUCAUCGGACGUGCCCAUGCCGACCUCACCACCGCGAUCAGCGGGAACCUACUGGCUGAAGAGGUGCCGAUCCAGGGCGGGGCGCAGCCAAAGCAGGAGAAGAGGACCUCCGGCUUUCGGAUUCAGCCUGCCGUGUCCUUCGAGGUGAUGAUGGAGAGGCGCUUGCGGCCCCGCUUCAAUGUGCACACGGGUGACGGGGCGCAGAUGAUUCCAAGGCGCUUUCACCUCCUGACACGCUCCUCUGAUCCGGUUCAGCAGAGUCUGCCGUAUCUCGAUAACUCCCAGGUGAUGUUUAUGCAGGGUGACGAUCUGUUUCGAGAGAGAGCUGCGCAG